UACAUGUAUGGCACCAACAAGCGCGACCACUGAUGUUGUGGUGAUGAGAGGAGAGCUGAUAGAGACUUAGUGAGAUUCAGUGUGUGUACGUCCCGGAGACACACACCCCAUGGCUGUGUCCCGGGAGUAGCAGACAUCCCCCAGGUUGGUGUAGCCACUUUCAUUGUGCUAGUCUCUGUCAUUGUGUCAUAUUGAUCUCUCCUGCUCUCUCAGUUGAUCUGCUGCUGUUGUCUAGUGGCUGACAAUUGAAUACUGCUGUUGAUAGCAGCUUCACCGGAACACGUCGUUUCCUUUAUGACACACAGACUGGUCACUUUGGAUUACCUGUGAUACCUUUAGUUUUGCUCACCUGGAUUUACCUUGAUUUACCUGGAUUACUGGAUCAGACUGUUGUGGAUGGUCACUAAGUGGAAUGUGAGGUGAUGGUCUGUGGACAUUGGUACUGUGAUGCUGGUGUGAUCUGUGCAGAUAGCGGAAUUAUGUUGUAACAGCAAUAUGGGUACCAAGGGAGACGCCAGUCAGCUCCCCGGUUCCGGGGUCCCGGGGCCAAUCAUGCGCGGGCCAGACCCGCUUAUACCACAACCCAUGGAGUUGUCCAAGAUUGACCAAAUGGACUUUAACGAGAAACUUUGUGAUGCUGACACGGUUAACAACGAACAAAGCAAACAGGAAGUGACCUACCAGCUGUCUGGGCCAGGAAACAAUAAUGAAGGGGUUGACAGUGUACAGUUUGACUCGGGAGGGGGAGGAACCUCGGGGGGAGACUCAUACUGCUCCAAUGCAGCUUGGUUGGAAUUUAAACCUGUCAUUUCCCAAAUGGAUAAAAUUCUUGAGGAUAGGUAUAAAGUUAAGACCAAACAUAGUAUAAAAGCUUCAAUUCAAGGAAAAGUGUACAACUUCCUGGAGCGGCCGACAGGAUGGAAGUGUUUCAUUUACCACUUCACAGUGUUCAUGAUGGUGCUUAUCUGUCUCAUCUUUAGUGUGUUGUCCACCAUAGCUCAGUAUACAAACUUCGCCAACGAAACCCUCUUCUGGAUGGAGAUUGUGCUGGUAGUAUUUUUUGGCCUUGAAUAUGUCAUCCGUCUGUGGUCAGCUGGAUGUCGAAGCAAAUACAUGGGCUUAAAAGGAAGGCUACAUUUUGCAAGGAAACCCAUUUCUAUCAUAGAUUUUCUUGUGGUGUCAGCAUCAAUUGUCGUACUGUCAGCAGGCUCAGAAGGCCAAGUGUUUGCCACUUCAGCUAUCAGGGGUGUGAGAUUUUUACAGAUUUUACGAAUGCUCCAUGUAGACAGACAAGGAGGAACAUGGCGUCUCUUAGGAUCUGUAGUUUAUAUACAUAGGCAGGAGCUGAUUACAACACUGUACAUAGGAUUUUUAGGUCUCAUUUUCUCAUCCUACUUUGUCUACCUCGCCGAAAAAGACUUUGUAUCGGAGGACGGUGUCACCCACUUCACAAGCUAUGCAGAUGCCCUCUGGUGGGGAGUGAUCACUGUGACAACCAUUGGGUAUGGUGAUACUGUUCCUAUGACGUGGAUGGGGAGAAUCGUUGCAUCAUGCUUCUCCGUCUUUGCCAUCUCAUUUUUUGCUCUCCCAGCUGGUAUUUUAGGAUCAGGGUUUGCUUUAAAAGUUCAACAAAAGCAAAGACAGAAACACUUCAACAGACAGAUACCCACAGCUGCUGCAUUGAUACAGAGCUUGUGGCGGUGUUAUGCUGCAGAGGCUGGCUUCAGCUCAACUGCUACAUGGACAAUGCACCUAGACAAACACUAUAAGGCCUACUAUGCCAACAAUUCCUCUGCCUCACCCUUCGCUCGUAUGGCUCGCCGCACCAGCUUCCUAAAGAAACGACGCUGCUCACGUUCUGCUGGCAACAGUGUAUUCGACCGACAUGAAAGUGUCAGUUCCAUAUCAGGGUACCUGGAACCAAACAAACCAGGUACUCCCAGUAAAUCUCCUAUAGGCUCCUAUAGGCAGCCAUCACAGGAUGUCUUGGAAUACUCUGGAGACGAUGGGGACGAAAAUGAUAUAAUAUCCAAACCAGAACAACUUACAGAUGCUCAUAAAACUAUGAUUCGGGUGAUAAGAAAAAUCAAAUUUUUUGUUGCAAGGAGAAAAUUUCAGCAAGCACGGAAGCCCUACGAUGUGCGCGAUGUGAUAGAACAAUAUUCUCAGGGACACCUCAACAUGAUGGUCCGAAUUAAAGAGUUACAGAGGAGACUGGACCAGACACUAGGGAAACCCCUGUACACAGGAUCAAAAGAAAACAAAGAAAAGGCUACAGUAUGUGCUAGGGUAGCAUCUAUAGAAAACCAGGUGAAUCGCCUAGACAAAAAGAUGGAUCGAGUCCUCGUGUUGUUGAACUUAGUAGUGAAGUCUCAGAGUAAUACACAGAAAACAGGCUCCACAAGCUCCUAACACCAACCAACUGUUGCUAUGACAACAAUUUCCAAAGGCCAACCAAGGCCCAUCACAAAUACAUUCCAGUCUGUUUCUAUGGCAACUAAGUCAGACCAAACCAAAGGGUCAGGCCUCAGUAAAACAGAUUACAGGUGUAGAUAUCCAUGGGACAAAGAGCUUUAAUUACUUGGUGGUUACUGUACAUUGUGAAAGUGAAGUUAAGGUUUGGCUGACAAUGUGUAAUGUAAUAGAGUUAACAGUGGUUGAACAAUAUAACAGUCAACCACCAGACAACCAGGUGGAUAUGUGUUGUUGUGGACAUUUAGAAUACAACAACUCCGCAAGGAUGUGACACCAGUGAGAUCAGAGACAACAUUAGGAUGUGACAGCAGUGAGAUCAGAGACAACAUUAGGAUGUGACACCGUUGAGAUCAGAGACAACAUUAGGAUGUGACACCAGUGAGAGCAGAGACAACAUUAGGAUGUGACGCCAGUGAGAUCAGAGACAACAUUAGGAUGUGACACCAGUGACAUCAGAGACAACAUUAGGAUGAGACACCAGUGAGAUCAG